CUCACAAUUAUAGUGCGCGUGCGCAAUAACGGCGCAAUCUAUUUAAGGACUGCAACCCGCAUGCGCUUGGCGACAGUUGUGUUUUUUUCUUUUCCGAUGGUGGAAGGAUGUCGCGUUACAGCCGUUAUGCCGGAGAAACAAAAGUAUACGUUGGCAACUUAGGAACAGGUGCUGGUAAAGGAGAACUUGAAAGGGCUUUUAGCUACUAUGGACCCUUACGUACCGUGUGGAUUGCACGAAACCCUCCCGGAUUUGCAUUUGUUGAAUUUGAAGACCCAAGGGAUGCUGAAGAUGCUGUUCGUGGUCUAGAUGGAAAGGUGAUCUGUGGUUCCAGGGUUAGAGUGGAGUUAUCAACUGGUAUGCCUCGUAGGUCUCGCUAUGAUAGACCUCCAGCACGACGACCAUUUGAUCCUAAUGAUAGAUGUUAUGAAUGUGGCGAGAAAGGUCAUUAUGCUUAUGAUUGUCAUCGCUAUAGUCGUCGUCGGAGAAGCAGGUCACGAUCUCGGUCUCAUUCAAGGUCCAGAGGAAGAAGAUACUCUCGCUCACGCAGCCGAAGUCGUGGCAGGAGAUCCAGAUCUAUCUCAGCUCGCAGAUCUAGAUCUCUGUCUCCUCGUAGAUCCAGAUCUAUAUCGCCACGUAGAUCCCGUUCAGGUUCUUUAAAGAGAUCAAGGUCUCGAUCAAGAUCCAGGUCCAGGUCGAGGUCCAUUUCACGGCCCAGAAGCAGCCGCUCUAAAUCACGAUCACCAUCUUUAAAGAGAAGUUUUGAUAUGAGCCAUUUAUAUCCAUUCUCCAUUAACUCACGUCGUUCGCCAUCAGGAAGCCCUCGAAGAAGUAUCAGUCCUGAAAGAAUGGAUUAGAAUGGCAAAGAACGUGUUAGGAAAAGUAUUGUUUAUGUAAUUUUAAGGGAUUUCUUUAUUGAGAAAUAAAAGGAUUUAGUUCGCUGAAGAAAAUCUUUUCUAGGGUUAAUGCAGCAAGGACCUGGAUCUUUUAGUAAAAUCUGUAAAAGCUGCUACAGUAGACUAUAGUGCACAAUUUCUUGUAUGUAACAACAUCCUAUGAUCUGAAAAGUGUCUUUUUAUGGGCACGUGAAAUAAAAUGUGUUUCUAACUUUGUUAUAAUGUUAUUUGCUUCUGUUAAUAUUUCAAGUGCAUGUUAAAAGCAAACUCCAAACAGAUACUUAGUGUUAUCCAAAUGCUGUGCAAGGGUAUAUUAACUUAUUAUUAAGCUGCCUGCAGAAGACUUAUGUGGUUUAGGCACAAUCCUAACGACUUGAAAUGGUGGGUCAAGGAAGCUGCCUGUCUGAUUUUGUAAUAUAGAUUGAUUUGGUCUGUUAAUUCAUACUGCAGGAUACUAUUGUGUCUUAUCCAGGCACAGUUAAUUAUUUAAAGACAAGCCCAAGAUAAAUUCAGAUGGCAACUUGGCCACAGUUUGGAAUUAUUUAAUGAAGUACUUGUUCUCUGUCAGAUAAGGUAUCUUGAAAUUUGGGCAAGAGCAGUAUUAUUCUCCAAAACAAAAUAUUGAGACACAAUAGAUUUAGUCCCUUGUACAGAAUUCACUGAGAAAUUUUGCUGUUAUCUGUCAAAAUUGUAAGGAAUUUAAGCAGUUAAACACUGCUUUUACAGAAAAAAACAUAGGCUCAAGUAUUAUUCCACAUUUUAUUUUCUUUGUAUCUUUUUUCAUGAAAUUCAGUAUGAAAUUGGUGCCUCCCAUCCCUAGAUUAACCUUGUAAAUUAAAUGGAAUAAGAAAGUGAUUGAUCCAAAAUCACUCAGAGAUUCUAUGGCUAAGGGAAACCUUAAAUCUGAGUCUGAUCUAGUCUUACACACACUGUAGCACACACACAGCCUCUUAAUAUGAGGAAUAAACCCAGAUUACUAAAAUUAUUUUGUAUUACUUGGUGGAAGAAAUAUAAAAACAAUUCAUGUAACAUGCAACAUCUUAGUACAGCUAUACUGUUUCCCCGGAUUGCUUGUAUCUGCUUUAAGGAGCAAUAUGCCUCAAAGCACCUUUUGGAGUUUAAAGGCAAAAUGCUGCAUGCUCCCAGUGUCAAUGUUUUGAUUCAAGUAUUUCUACAAAGAGACACAUGGCUUCAGCUACAUUUCAUACAUUUUUAGGAUUGCAGGGGUUCUGCAGCAAAAGGCAGGAAUUUGCAAGGGAAUUAAAUAAGUUGCAAUGCUUUUAAGGGAUGCUGUAUAGUUUAAUGCUUAGCAUGGCUACAGUAUCUCCCCAGUUGUCUGAUUGCAUUUCCUUGCCAUUUUUAUAGUCCUUCCUAUUGGCCACUGUAUUCCUAUAAGCUGAAUAAAUUAUAAAAGGUGAAGUACCCUUCUGUGUUGAGAACAAACUUUUUUAUUGAAAUAAAGCUGCUUUAGUUA